UGUCCUCACUGCACCUUUAAUUCGCUCCUCGUGAGCGAGAUGACGUGAGUCACGUGCUUGUCUUGCCUCGCGCAGUUCCUGUACGUUAACGAAAGGCAGGAAGUAGCUGGAAGCUAAUAUGGCAAGCUAACGUUAAAAUCGCGUCUCUUUUGUCUGAAAUGUGACUUUUAAUUGGGCUCGCAGUCGUGUUUUUUGGCAGAAUAAGUCCCCGGACGGGGUUCGUCGAUCAACUUGUGUGGAGUAGGCGAAUGGGAUGUUUAAAAUCGGUGUUCAUACCAUGGCAACUUCUUAGCUAGCAAGCUUACACUCAGCUGUUUUGGUUGUGGAUAUACUUGGUUGUCAGGUGAAUCGUUGCUCCAUACUCUUAGCAGAAAUUUACAGUGAGAGACUUCUUCGUGUUUGUGAAUUGCUCCGGUUAGGUUGAUGAGGGCACCACCGUGAUUGCGUCACCAGCCGCAGGUCAGCUAUAUCUGACAAGUGCCAAAUCAAGGUGGGCUCAAAAACCAAAGAUUGGUCCGCUCAGAAAUCAGAAGUUUGAGUCAAGAUGCAUGACGCCUAUGAGCCGGUACCUAUUUUGGAAAAACUUCCUCUCCAGAUUGACUGUCUGGCGGCCUGGGAGGACUGGCUGCUUGUCGGAACCAAGCCCGGGCAUCUCCUUCUGUAUAGAAUCAAAAAAGACGCAGCCACCAACCUUUUUGAAGUGACACUAGAAAAAUCUAACAAGAACUUUUCAAAGAAGAUCCAGCAGCUUUAUGUUGUCUCACAGUACAAAAUACUCGUCAGUCUUCUGGAGAACAACAUCCAUGUGCAUGACCUCCUGACUUUUCAGCAGAUCACCGUGUUGUCCAAAGCAAAAGGAGCCACGCUGUUCGCAUGUGACCUGCAGCAAAGCAGCUCAGGAGAGGAAACACUGAGAAUGUGUGUUGCUGUGAAAAAGAAACUCCAGCUUUAUUACUGGAAAGACAGAGAGUUCCAUGAACUGCAGGGCGACUUUGGUGCUCCAGAUAUUCCCAAGUCCAUGGCGUGGUGCGAGAACUCCAUCUGUGUCGGCUUCAAAAGAGACUAUUACCUUAUUCGGAUGGAUGGUCGUGGCUCCAUCAAGGAACUCUUCCCCACAGGGAAACAGUUGGAGCCGCUGGUCGCCCCGCUGGCUGAUGGGAAGGUUGCCGUCGGACAGGACGACCUCACUGUGGUCCUCAACGAAGAGGGGGUAUGCACCCAGAAGUGUGCCCUGAAUUGGACGGAUAUCCCCAUAGCGAUGGAGCACCAGCCUCCAUACAUCAUCGCAGUGCUGCCCCGCUACGUGGAGAUCAGGACCUUGGAGCCCAGGCUGCUGGUGCAGAGCGUGGAGCUGCAGAGACCUCGUUUCGUCACGUCGGCAGGGCCAAAUAUCGUGUAUGUAGCCAGCAACCACUUUGUGUGGCGCCUGGUGCCCGUGUCCAUAGCCACGCAGAUCCGGCAGCUCCUUCAGGACAAACAGUUUGAACUUGCUCUCCAGCUGGCAAUGAAAGAUGAUUCAGACGGCGACAAGAAGCAACAGAUUCAUCACAUCCAGAACCUUUAUGCAUUCAACCUGUUCUGUCAGAAGAGAUUUGAUGACUCCAUGCAGGUUUUCGCCAAACUCGGCACAGAUCCCACACACGUGAUUGGCCUGUACCCAGACCUUCUGCCGUUAGAUUACCGCAAGCAGCUGCACUACCCCAACCCUCUGCCAGCACUGUCUGGAGCAGAACUGGAGAAGGCUCACCUUGCUCUCAUCGAUUACCUCACCCAGAAACGCAGCCACCUGGUGAAGCAGCUCAACGACUCUGACCCAUCCACCACGUCGCCGCUCAUGGAGGGCACGCCCACCAUUAAGAGCCGCAAGAAGCUCCUGCAGAUCAUCGACACCACCCUGCUGAAAUGUUACCUGCACACCAACGUGGCCUUGGUGUCGCCUCUCCUGCGCCUGGAGAACAAUCAUUGCCACAUCGAAGAGAGCGAGUAUGUCCUGAAGAAGGCACACAAGUACAGCGAGCUCAUUAUCCUCUAUGAGAAGAAGGGCCUGCACCAGAAAGCUCUGCAGGUUCUGCUGGAUCAGUCUACCAAGGCCAACUCCCCUCUGAAGGGCCACGAGCGCACCGUGCAGUACCUCCAGAGGCUUGGAGUUGAGAAUCUGGGAAUGAUCUUCGAAUUUUCUCCCUGGGUCCUAAAGAUCUGUCCUGAAGAUGGGUUGAAGAUCUUCACAGAGGACCUGACCGAGGUGGAGACGUUGCCCAGAGACAAGGUGCUCAACUUCCUGAAGGAGGGCUUCAAGGAGCUGGCCAUUCCAUAUUUGGAGCACAUCAUCUAUGUGUGGGAUGACACGGGCCCGCAAUUUCACAACACACUCAUCCAGCUCUACCUGGAGAGGGUCCAAAGCCUGAUGAAGCAGUACCUCAACUCGCUGCCAGAAGGAGUUGCUGCCGUUGCUGCAGGGACGGAGAAAGGUGAACUGGGAGAGUUUAGGAACAAGCUACUGUCCUUUUUGGACAUAUCCAGCAGUUAUGAACCAGCGCGACUCAUCAGUGACUUUCCUUUUGAUGGUCUGCUGGAGGAGAGGGCCCUGCUUCUGGGUCGGAUGGGAAAACACGAGCAGGCGCUCUUCAUCUACGUGCACAUCCUGAAAGACACGCGCAUGGCUGAAGAAUACUGCCACCGCCAUUACAGCAGCUCCGUGGAAGGAAAUAAAGACGUUUAUCUGUCUCUGCUGCGGAUGUACCUGUCUCCUCCGGACGUGCACUGCCUGGGGCCCAUCAAGAUGGAGAUGUCGGAGCCGCAGGCCAACCUCCAGGCUGCCCUGCAAGUCCUGGAGCUGCAUCACAGCAAGCUCAACACCACCAAGGCCAUCAACCUGCUGCCAGCCAACACUCAGAUCAAGGAGAUCCGAGUCUUCCUGGAGAGCGUCCUGGAGGAGAAGGCUCGGAGGAAACGCUGCAACCAGGUGCUGAAGAGUCUGCUGCAGGCCGAGUUCCUCAGGGUGCAGGAGGAACGCAUCUUCCACCAGCAGGUCAAAUGUGUCAUCACGGAAGAGAGGACGUGCAGAGUGUGCAAGAAGAAAAUAGGAAACAGUGCGUUUGCCAGAUAUCCCAACGGCGUGGUGGUGCAUUACUUCUGCUGCAAAGAUCGCAACGCGUGUCCCACGGAGUAACUUCUACCCAGGGAAACCUUCUCUCGUUGACUCAUGAGUGACAAAAAACAAAAAAAAACUUCUUUUUUGCCGCCUCCUUGUCGACGCUCAUCGACUCAGAACGGACUGACGGGACUUUGAGAACGCCGCGUGCCUUUUUUAGCGGACAUUUUGUAGCCUGGGAAGAAGAGGAAGCGUGUCGCCUCAGAACUGGAUUGGACGCCCCGCCCACAUAGGUGGCGCUGUAGCGAGACGAGAGGACGCCACGCGCCGCUACUUUUGCAACUCACGAGAUUGUACUCAAUUUUGGUCAUCAUUGUUUCCGGUAGCAUGUGUCGCUAGCAUGUGUUAGCGGGAAAGAUGUUUGUGUUCUUCACUGUAGAUCACGGCCCACUUUUCUUCGUUCCAUGAAAUGUCUAUGAAGGAAAGCAAAUGGGACUCAAAUGCAGAACUUUACAGGCUUAUUUAUUUCAAACGGUACUGGAUUUGAAUGCUUCAUUUGUGCAUUUUAGUACAACUUCCUCAUUUAAAAAACAACAACAAAAAAAACCCUCCACGCUGUUACAAGCAGUGAAUGUUUCAUCUCAUUGAUCGGGUCGAAGUGUUUGUUGACAUCAUCCAAGACUGUUCUGGAAGCACGGCCACAUUGAUACUGACACGCUGCUCACUUUCAUUUCUAACAAACACUUUCCGGUGUGUGUGUGUGUGUGUGUGUGUGUGUGUGAUGCCACAAAGUUUGACUGUUAUCUUGCAAACUCAAUAAUAAAAAAAAUAAAGAAAUAAAACCUGGGCCCUUUAUUCAUGUGCAAACAGAUCAUUUGCGUGUGACUGGCACAACAUGUUCAAUGAGAAAUGGAGACCUUCGUAACUGUCUUGCAUCGAGAGCAGGGGUCGGGAUCUCAGAUGUGGCUCUUUUGAUGACUGCAUCUUCACAUGUUAAAAAUGUAUUUUAGUUUUUUUGUUCCCUGACCUUUUAAAGUACAUUACAGAAAUCACAUUGUUAAAAAUAACGCUCAAAAUCUAAAAGUUUGUUAUGCAUUUCAGUCCAUCCAUCCACUGGGUGGCCAGAGCCAGUGCCAGCGCUGUCCUUCCCAUAUUUUCCGGGUCACCAAAAUUCGAUUAUCCCUGGAUAAUGCGGAAGCCUACUCGCAUCAUUGAGAUGUCAAAAAGUCAACUUCCCUUCCUUUAAUCAAAUAGUCCGCUCGCUAAUUCUGUAGCGCCGACCCUUUUGAGGACGGAGAUGGUGAAAAGAAAAGGAUUCGGACUACGGUGCAAAACCACGCAGCACCAGAAGUCGCAUUAACGGUAAGAAGUAUUUUAUUUCUGAUUGGUUAGCUUCAGUUUAACAAUGUUAAUAAAAAGAAUAACUUUUGAGGUCUCCCUUAAAAAUGCCCACAUUUAGUUGUAUUCAGUGUUAAAAAAUAUGAUCCGGCUCUCAAGGAAAUACAUUUUAAAAUAUGUGGCUUUUAUGGCUCUCUUAGCCAAAAAGGUUCCCGACCCCUGAUCUAGAGCAAUGCACUGGCUGAAUGUACAAAAAUGACCAAAACCCCUACAGUAUACUGGUACUAUGUUUUUACAAUGAAAUCAUUUCUAUUAUCCAUUAUUUUUGAUGGUAUUUAUUUUAAAAAUAGCUUUUUUUAAUGUCAAGAAACCCUCAAAAUGUGUAGGAAUAAGAGUGCUUUACUUUUUGGUCGGAAAUCCUCCAAGGUUUUCCCAAGGUUGACUGGACCCUGACAUGAGUGCAUGCAAAGCACCGUUCCAUACCCGCUGUUACUGAAUGUCACGUUUCAGAAUUUUGCCUGUAAAGUCAAUCCGAUUUAAAUUUCUUACAUUUCAUUUGAGUAGUAGUUUAAUGUAUUUUCAAUCUCAUUUAAUUUUUCUCACAAUUGAACGCAUUCAGAAGGUCUUUAAAACUCCUCUAAACAUGUAUUUCAUUUUAUUUGAUUUAUUUUCAUGCUGUUAAACUAAUGUAAUCAUUUCUUGAAAGUAAUUUUAAUCCUUUUGCAUUUAUUCCCCCUGAA